GAUAAAGGAUAAUAUGGUUUUAUUUUAACCUAAACGUCCUAAACUUAUUCAUUAAAUUAAAUAUUUUCACUAGUCACUUUUCAUUCUCUCGUCGUUCCAAUUCUUUGAUAAUCGUCGCUUUUUCUUUAAUUUGACCGUUUGAACCAUCAGAAGCUUUACACAAUUGAAAUGGCGUCAAUUGCAACCAAGUUCCGCCCACUCUUUGAUCGAGUUUUGGUCAAACGUUUGGACGCUGUUAAACAAAGUAAAGGAGGUAUAAUGUUGCCAGAAAGUGCUUCGAAAAAAAUUCUCGAAGCAACUGUUGUAGCUGUAGGACCCGGUGCAAGAAAUCAGGAUGGAAAACCAAUACCAAUUGAUGUUAAAGUUGGUGACCGAGUACUGUUACCUGAAUAUGGCGGUACUAAAAUUCAAUUGGAUGAAGAUGAUUCAUACACAAUUUUCAAAGAAUCAGAACUAUUAGCAAAAGUAGAGUAAUUAUAAAUUAAUAAUAUGUUACACAAUUAUAAUGCGACUGAUUAAUUUAGUGGGAAAUAGUUACAAUAUUUGUUUAAAAUUUAAAAGAAUUCCACCAUUUUACUUCUGAUUGUAUUUAAAAAUAGCGCUGUACUCAUUUUGAAUAUAAUUUAUGUCUAAUGUUUUUUAUUAUUUAUAUUUAAAAUAAACUAGUUUUGAAAAUUGAA